AUGGGCGCUAGAUACAAAGAUCAACCUGAGGUCAAAGGACUCGGCGAUACUAUCAUCGAGGGCAACAAUGAGAAUGAUAAGAAUCGAUAUGAUCACCAGAAAACGGUGCUACUACCAAAGGAUAGAUAUGAGUUGAAGAAUCUCAGAUUCAUGGACUAUAAGUCUGUGGAUGAAUACAAUUCGGUAUUGUUUAUGAUAGUCUCAAUGAUGAGACUCUGUGGUGAAGAAGUAACCGAGAAAGAGUUACUGGAUAAGACCUUCUCUACGUUCCAUUCCACAAAUGUGUUGCUGCAACAGCAGUAUAGAGAGAGGGGCUUCACCACAUACACUGAUCUGAUCUCGUGCCUACUUCUGGCCGAGGCUAAUAAUGAACUCCUGAUGAAGAACAGUGAGAUGAGACCUCCAGGAUCAGCACCAUUACCAGAAGCUCACAAGGCUGAACAUGAAAAGAAAGAUCCCAAAGAAAGCAACCACGUCUAUAAUGAAAGGAGAUCACACGGCAGAGGCCGUGGUGGGUACAAGGGACGUGGUGGUCGUGACAACUACUCAUAUGGCCGAGGGUAUGGAAACCACAAUAACUGUGGUCGUGGUUCCAGCUAUGGCCGUGGAAGAGCCACCUUCGGCCGCGGUCGAGGCGGCAUAUCCAAGCCGUCUUACUCGACCAAAUCCGUUUGUCACAGGUGCGGGAUGAGUAACCAUUGGGCCAAGAAUUGUAGAACCCCUAAGAAUUUAUGUGAACUCUAUCAAGAGAGCCUUAAGAACAAGAACCCAUAA